CAUACACCGGGCAAUUGAACAGUAGUUUAAUCGGGUUCGGUUCAAGUAGAACACCUAAAAAUUUUAAUAUUCCCGUGAACAAAAAUAGAUUAGAUUAGUAAAGUGCUGGAUUUCUAUUAUUCGCUUGAACGCGAUUGCCGGACCAGGGGCGUCGUGUGGCGGGGUCUUUGCCAAUCCGCCAACUAUAUCGUCUGCAAAUAGCAGAAAAUGCCUACAAAAUCUGCGAAAUUAAGCAGAUAAAAGCAGAACAAUCAGCAAAUGUUUUCAAAGUGCUAGAACAACGCCACUGGUGCAUCUUUAAUAAAACAUCAAGAAGACGCGAAUCCAAAACACAAUUUAUUUCCAUGUCGGUUUGUUAUAAUAUAGAGUAUUUCCACAAACAUUGGGCGCGCGUCCUAAGCGAAAAUAUCCACGUUCGCCUAUAAAAUACCAGCUCCUGGUGUUUGUUGUGACGUUUCGAUAAAUGUUUGGAUUGUGUGAUUGAAAACAGACCCGGAUAAUUUUAAAUAAACCGGCCCCGGUCUACUAGUGUGGUGCGCCUCUCUGGAUAGCGACCAAAAGGGCGUCUGGAUUAGGGCCAGAUCAGCAUUUCGUCACCUGCCAUGACAACAUGCUCAUCUAUUGGCUCCAAGUGUGGUUCAUUCUUUGUUUCUGGACUGUGGAACAUCUCGCACAAGAUCUAGCAGACAUUGAAGGAUUUUCGAACGACUCUCCUUUCAAUGUGGAGCCGAAAGUAGAAAACAUCAAAGUGAAAGUGGGAACUCCUAUAAAUCUGAAAUGCGCCAAUCACUUGUCUAAUCACACAGUCUGGGAAUAUAAAGAAUGUGAAAUACUCUACAAAGGCAUCGUUUGCAAUCUGCACGACCUGACGAAGCCCAAAGUAAAAGACAAGGAUUCGUGGAAAAGGCAAAGUACCAAGCAGCGUUUGGAAAUUGAUUCCAUGAACAAAGCGGAUAGUGGCCUCUACCGAUGCCUCGAGAAAGGAGUGGUGAAAAAGUCCCUCAUUAUUGAAGUAGUAGCCGAUAGCUAUGAGGGCCCGCCUCCUUCAGUCCAAUCGCUUCUCACCUCCAAUAUCACCAACCAAUUAAACAUGGAGUUUACCAUCCAGUGUAACGUAACCAGCGUUAUUCCGCCAACAGUUAUUUGGUUCAAGAAAUGUUACGGUUCGAAAUGCGAUAUAGACUAUGACGGGAUUUGCUACUGCCACCUCAACAUCACCGCGUCCUCUUAUAACAUUGGAAACACGUACAUUAGUAAAAUGAACAUUUUCAAUGCAAAGGAGAUUGAUAGUGGGUUAUAUGCGUGUUUGGCCGUCACUGAGUAUGGAAAAGACUAUAAAUAUGUAACAAUCACCGUGCCCGAUGUGGAUGGGAAGAACAACAAUAGCAACUCUUUUCCGUUGCUGUUCCUCAUUCCACUCGCUUUGAUUAUCGUGCCGUUGCUCGUAUGGUUGUGCUACUUCCGCAGAAAAACGAAGAAACCGCUCAGUGUGGUAAAUGCUGGACAGCAGCGGCAAAAUCUGCUCAGUCUCAGCGCAUCCAGAGCAGCUGGAUCAAUGGUUUGAUCUUAGGCGCUUUAGCAACUUAUCUGUGAUACCUAGAUGUAUGUAUUUUAAUAGUAUAUUAUGUGAUCUCCAUUUAA